UAAGAGUCCUCAGUGAACAUUUAUUAAGAGACUUCAGUGAACAUCAUCACUUUGUCGCUGGACACAACCACCAGGAAGAAGACAUGGCAAGGACAGAAUCGGUCAUAUUGGCUCUGCUACUUGCAGGAAUAGCAUCAGCAACAAAUACCACUGCAACGGCUGCACCCAACGCCACCGCAACAGCUACAGCCAACACCACCGCGACGGCUUCCCCCAACGCCACCGCGACGACUGCCCCCAACGCCACCGUGACGACUGCCCCCAACGCCACCGUGACGACUGCCCCCAACGCCACCGCGACGACUGCCCCCAACGCCACCGCGACGACUGCCCCCAACUCCACCGCGACGACUGCCCCCAACGCCACCGUGACGACUGCCCCCAACGCCACCGUGACGACUGCCCCCAACGCCACCGCGACGACUGCCCCCAACGCCACCGUGACGGCUGCACCCAACACCACCGUGACGGCUGCACCCAACGGCACCGCGACGGCUGCCCCCAACGGCACCGUGACGGCUUCCCCCAAUGCCACCACAACGGCUGCCCCCAAUGCCACCGCCACAGCUGCCCCCAACACCACCGCGACGGCUUCCCCCAACGCCACCGUGACGGCUGCACCCAACGGCACCGCGACGGCUGCCCCCAACGGCACCGCGACGGCUGCACCCAACGGCACCGCGACGGCUGCCCCCAACGGCACCGCGACGGCUGCACCCAAUGCCACCGCGACUGCUGCCCCCAACGGCACCGCGACUGCUGCCCCCAACGGCACCGCGACGGCUGCCCCCAAUGCCACCACAACGGCUCCACCCAACGCCACCGCGACUGCUGCCCCCAACGGCACCGCGACGGCUGCACCCAACGCCACCGCGACGGCUGCAGCCAACGCCACCGCGACGGCUCCCCCCAACGCCACCGCAACGGCUGCACCCAACGCCACGGCGACGGCUGCACCCAACGCCACCACGACAGCUGCAGCCAACGCCACCGCGACGGCUCCCCCCAACGCCACCGCAACGGCUGCACCCAACGCUACCGCAACGGCUGCAUCCAACGCCACCGCGACGGCUUCACCCAACGGCACCGCGACUGCUGCCCCCAACGGCACCGCGACGGCUGCACCCAAUGCCUCCGCGACGGUUGCCCCCAACGCCACCACCACGGCUGCCCCCAAUGCCACCGCGACGGCUGCACCCAAUGCCACCGCGACUGCUGCACCCAAUUCCACCGCGACGGCUGCCCCCAACGCCACCGCGACUGCUGCACCCAACGCCACCACGACUGCUGCACCCAACGCCACCGUGACGGCUUCCCCCAACUCCACCGCGACGGCUUCCCCCAACGCCACCGUGACGGCUGCACCCAACAGCACCGCGACGGCUGCACCCAAUGCCACCGCGACUGCUUCCCCCAACGGCACCGCGACGGCUGCACCCAAUGCCACCACAACGGCUUCCCCCAACGCUACCGCGACUGCUGCACCCAACACCACCACGACGGCUUCCCCCAACUCCACCGCGACUGCUGCCCCCAACGCCACCGCAACUGCUUCUCCCAACGCCACCGCGACUGCAGCCCCCAACACCACCGCGACGGCUGCCCCCAACGCCACCGCGACUGCUUCCCCCAACUCGACCGCAACUGCUGCCCCCAACGCCACCGCAACUGCAUCCCCCAACGCCACUGCGACUGCUUCCCCCAACGCCACCGCGACUGCUUCUCCCAACGCCACCGCGACAGCAGCCACCGCGACUACAGCCCCCAACGCCACCGCGACUGCAGCCCCCAACGCCACCGCAACGGCUGCACCCAACGCCACCGCAACAGUUUCCCCCAACUCCACCGCAACGUCUGCACCCAACGCCACCGCGACAGCUGCACCCAACGCCACCGUGACUGCUGCACCCAACGCCACCGUGACGUCUUCACCCAACGCCACCGCGACGGCUUCCCCCAAUGCCACCGCCACUGCAGCCCCCAACGCCACCACAACUGCAGCCCCCAAUGCCACCGCGACGGCUGCACUCAACGCCACCACGACGGCUGCACUCAACGCCAACGAGACAGCCGCACCCAACGCCACCGCGACGGCUGCACCCAACGCCACUGUGACUGCUGCACCCAACGCCACCGUGACGUCUGCACCCAACGCCAACGCGACAGCUGCACCCAACGCCACCGUGACUACUGCACCCAACAGCACCACGACGGCUUCCCCCAACCCCACCGCGACGGCUGCACCCAAUGCCACCGAAAUGGCUGCACCCGAUGCCACCGCAACGGCGGCGCCCACCGCCACUGCAAUGGCGGCACCGUUCUCUUAUCUGUCUCUCAUAUGUUCACUUAUCUUCACGUAUUUCUUUCUGUGGGUUAAGUAGCUUCUUACCCAGUUCAAGACCAACUGACUGAUGCCAUACCUUUCUAACUUAUUAAGAUAUAAUGAUUGUGUCAAAUGCUUUUGUUGGAUCCAUAAACAAACACUGCAGCUGCACAUUGUUUGCUCUCUAUUGCGUUGGUCAUUUCCUCAGUUAUUACCAUGGACGUUGAGAUGAUGGCUCUGUAUCUCUAUUGCUUGUCCGCGAGUGUUCCACUGUUAUUUAGGAAUUGGUCCAAUCUGUUGUUAAACAAUGUUUCCAAUAUUUUAGAAAGUUGUGGAAGUAGGGAAACACGUCUGUAGUUUGUAAACUGUUGUUUGUUUCCAGUCUUAUAAAGCAGUCCAACUUUUGCAGUACUCAUUUAGUCUGGGAAUUGAUCUGUUUGAAACGGUUUUGUUGCUGAUAUAUGUUCAAGGUUCUGAAAUCUCUUUAAUAACCAUUUUUUAUUGUUUCCAUAUCAAUUCUUUUACAAUCAUUUGAGGUCUUCCAUUUACAUUUCUACACAAUGUUGGUGAAGUCCUCCUCUGUCACACCCUUGGGGAACAAUUCAAGAAGUUAGAGCUAUGGGAACCCCCGACGGGAUGUGGUCCAAAGGUUCUGGAAGACAUGCGAGCAUAUGGUCAAGGACCAAUGGAUGAUCAGUUGCAAAGUCUCACCUGUGCCUCUACAAAGACGUUUUACUUGACAGCGGACAUGUUUUUCCAACAAUUGGCAGAAAUUUUACAAGCGUGUUGACUUAUCUUGAACCCGUGCUUAAUGAAGUGGGACGCACAGAGAGAAGGUAGCGAGGUGUUUCACUACUUGUGCUAUCCACCUCGAUUGUCUACCCAACAUAGAUACUGACUUGAUUCUGAU